GAAUUAGUUUAUCUUCGGACGCCGCGCCGGCAAGACGCGUUCUCAGCACGAGACACACUGCACUGCAGUAGUGGCAGCUCGCUACUUUCCACACGGUAGUCUUCGAACUGAACUGACCUGAGAUCGUCGAUUCGGGUUCGAUCUCUUGCUGCCUUGCUAGAGACAUCGAGCGCGUGUGUGUUGUUAAGUGAUAACCAACAUAAGCAGCAUAGCGCAAGGAUAUCGCAGGCCCAUUCGAGGACACCCCGUUUCGUUUGUCGAUUGCGCCUUUUGGCAUCGCGUUCUGGCUGGUGCAGUUGAAUCGAACAUGCAGUCAUGGAAUUAGUCAUUGCCGGUUAGAGUUGUCCUGCGUUGAUUUGUUUGCGGCACGCGUUUUUAGAAGAACCCGACACGACGGGCCGGUGGUGAAUCAGCUGUGUGACAGGUUGACCUUUGACGUCGCGACGCGUAGCGGUGCAUCGUUGUUAGAAUUGCAUGUGUGGUGCAUCAGAGUGCCGCCGGCGGUGCAUUACGUAUGCUGACAUACAGUUACGGACAAAACUGUAAGACCACUAAGGAGUGAAAAGUAGACAGCAUUAGCGUUUUAAACGGGAGUGAUAGACACCUAGGGCGGGAAAACGGGAAAACAACGAAAAGCCGGUCGUGCGAGACGGCCGUGUGGUGCCGCCGGAAAAUUCUGCAUAUGCUGUGGCGAAGAACACGGCGCACAUACCGUGUGAUUCAAACGCAAUUAAAAUAGAUAGCGACAAAUCACUACCGACACAGCGGUAUCAAACUGAUACAUAUGUACAUACCUAUACAUAUUGUUGCACGAAAUUGCGUUUUUGGUCCGUUCGUGGAAUUUGGGGUGCCAAUUUGAAUUCGAGGUGUGAAGCAAACGUUACAAGCAGUGAAAGAGUGACGCAGUGAAUUGUGAAGAAAAUGCGUGAAGGUAGGAAGAUGUGAAUGAUGAGCGAUAUGGAACGAAGUGUGACGAAGACAUGAGUCGUGAAAUUUGAGCAAUCGGAGAACGUCUGGCUUUGAGCGCUUAUUCUUCAGAGAACUUCGAGCAUAUACAGAGCACACAAAAAUGAUGGGAAGCAGAGCUGGAGUGCACGUGGCGCAUGCAUUGCUUCUGCUGUUGCUGGUAGGAAGCCAAACGUCUUUGUUGGCAAUCUCAGCCAAAACUUUCAACAAAGAGAAGUGGUCCUUGCCGGGGGAGGGACGUGACGUGCUUUGUUCUCGGACGCGGAAUUUCGCCGGAUCGCCUGAACAACGGGCAGCCAUCGUAGAGUGGACGAACGCCGUACCGGCAACGGAACUCACGGAAGAUUCCCCGGUGCUAAUGCAGGCUAAUGAGAGCAGAAUGAGAUAUGUGAUUCAUCUUGCGGAAACGAAUCCACUUGCCAUCGUCAUCAUACCAUCUUGCACGCCCAGCCAUGGCGGAGAAAUCCGAUGGACGGUCGUUCAGAAUGAAACCGAUAUCCUCGCAAGCAACAACGCACUGAACAAAUCAUACUACAUCGUACCUUGCGCUUCACGGGGAACCUAUCACAUUUGGGUGGAAAUCACCGACAUCUACUGUGAAGCGGAAAUUUCCUACAACACACGCAGUCUCGUUGAUCUUUGGCCUCUGUUGAACCGAACUUCAGUUUCUGCCAUCAAGGUUCAUCAGCAUCCCAGAAGGCAUCAGCUUCUAGUCAAGUGGGAGAAGAGUAAAUUCGACAUCCACGCAAUGCAUUACUGCCUGGCCAUUAGUAGAGAUCAUCCCCAGCGUACACUUUGCCAAGCACUGGGAAAUUCUCAGUACGGAUCCAGAUGUGGCGUUUCAAUGACGGAAACUCUCCAGCGGAUAUCGAUCGAGGAAGAAAAGAAAGUUCCGAUGGAUGCGCUAACAACGAUCGCUUGCACUGGCAUUCGAACCAAACAGCUUUUAAAGGGAAUGAAAGCCAACACGACUUACUUUUUGGAUGUUUUUGCCGUUCAUACUCAGAAGAACAACCUUUCAUACUUGCUGGGAACUGCCACAGUUCAUGUGAACCGAACUCGGCCCACGCAGCUGUUCGAAGGGAAACUGUUUGUGGGAAAAUUAUCAACGCUGGGCGGUUUGUCUCUUUUUAGUUUUAAGGUUCCAAAGCGAUCGCCCAGCAACACCACUCUAAAGCUUUUGAUCACACCAUGUAGUGGUACAGUUAAUCUGGAAAUACUUCGAAAGAAACGUCUUAUAAUGAAGCCAAUCCUGGAUAUCUACUACCCGCGGGUAAUCACGGUAGGAAGUGUCGUUCCGGGGGAGCGAUAUCUGAUUCAGGUUUCGGAAGCCGAUGAACACUACCGUACCAAUCGCAUUCAGAUAGCGGUGACGACCAAGGACGAGUUCGCCAACCUGCCGCAGUUGCCGGUCAACACAACGGUGGCGGAACUGACACAGCUGAGGACUUGCCACGCGACGACGAUCGCUUGGUACAGUUCACCGGAUAAACGGAAAAUAAGGUACUGCACCUAUAUUUUUAAGCAACACACAAAGCAUCAGUACUACAGCAACAUCAAAAUGCCAUCCUACUGUGAACUGGAAAGUCGUGACAUCUACCAGCACCCGCAGUUGCAACAAAUGCAUUGCAUCUUCUCGGAUCAGAUAAACCACACCGAUCUCAUGCCCAAAUCGAUGUCCAUCAGCAAUCUAGCCCCGGCACACUACUAUCUGAUUUUCGUAACGGCCAGCCUAGGAAACGGGCGAAGCCUUCCCUACCGCUCGGCCAGGAUAAAAACCCAUCCUUACUGUCGGGAAGGGGACUCCAGUGUGGCAACCCCCACCAUCAACCAGCAGCAGACGCGGUUUCGGAAUGUUUCGGUCUUCAAAAAGCAGCAUCACCAACAGCCGUAUCAACCGCGUGGCAACAGUAGCAUCAACAUGCUCAAGUCCGGCGGACUUCCCAAGCAGCACCAGCAGCUGAUGAUCGAGAGGAGAAACAAUCGGUUGAAGAGGGAUAACAAGUAGAUUUGGGACUAACUGUUAAGGGUAUGCGAUAUUGUGAAUGAUCCGGUAAAAAGCCGCGGAAACGAAAUUCCGCGGAACACCACCAAGAUUAUUUGAGAAUAAGACUGUGUUAUAUUCGUGCUCAGAAUCCUGUGAGAUAACGCCUAGGAUUACAUAGGAAUCUCGUUCUUUGAAACAGAUACGCAUUAGCUCAUGAUCUGUUCAAGGUCAUGUUGUUAGUCAUGGAAUGCAUGAGCAUGAGCAAAGUUCACAUUGGCUAUGGCUGUUGUUCAUUACAUUAUUUUCAGAAAUUACGGGAAACACGUGAUCAAUGUUACUAUGCAAAUCCAUUAUUAUCGAUUUUUUUCAACUCACUGCUCUUGCUCUGAACACGUCGCAAACUGUGUUCUGUUCAUGAGCCAAGCUCAUGUUCUGCUCAAAAUGCAUUUCUGAAUGCCAAUUUUUUCUCACAGUACUAUCUGAAAUCUUUUGAGAUUUUUGUAUGAGUUCUUCUUCUAGUUCUGCAACAUUUUUGUACAGGGAUCGUUCCUUAAAUUUCAUGAAGAUGCGUAUGAGUUUUCCCGACGUAUAAAUGAAACUUAAAUUUUGUGAUAAUGAAUCCUUAAGCUUACUUGUUUCGAUCCAAACUGUAGGGUAAACUGUGAGGAAUUUCUAACAAGGCUGAAUUCAUUUCUGUUUUGUUCUUUUAGUAGUGUACAAAUAGAGUACACACAAACUUUUUAUUUAUAGGAUAAACAAAUGAUCUCUUGAAGGUUUACCGCCCUUCUACGUCUACAUGUCCCAUGUGCUAUGUAAAUCUUAUUGACCCAGUUUAUGAAUAAACUACCCAUUCAGCCUAACCCAUUCAGCCUAACCAGGGCUACAUUUAAGGGGGGACGGAGGGUCUGAGGGGGCCAUUGAGAAUAAAUUUAAGAAAUUUGUUUCGUUCCGAGGAAUUCCGUUUCACAUCGGAUUUCGUACCGAGCUACACGCAACUUUGCUAUAUUUCGUUUCGUUGUCAUCAGUGUUAGAAAUUCCGUGUAUCGUUUCAUUUUGUAUGGACAUGGAAAAACGCAUAUCGCAUACCCUCACAAACUGCAGCAGUGAAAGCACCAAAGCAAACUCAUUGUAAAAGAAGCAAGCAUAUAAAUCGUCCCUAAUUGAUUUGGCACAGGAUCAAACUCGAUCCACCCGAUGGUGUCUAGAAGAGCACUCCAGCCAACCAGGAGGAAGUGCUCUGAUUUAUGUUGCUUCCCCGUACCACUAUCAAACGCACAUAUGCAAUCAUACAUAGACUAGGGUGUCCAAGGAAAAAAAUCAUUUCUCGAAAUGUCAUGGUGCUGAACCCUGGAAUGAAAGAUAUAUUUUAUAAAUCGAUCUGGCGGAAUUUCUAAACGUUUUUAAGAAAACUGAUUUGUUCUACAAAAUUGAUAUAAAUACGCAUAUCUUUCAUUCUAGUGCUAAGCACCACGACUUUUCAAAUAUUGAUUUCUUAUGGGACACCCUACUAGACGGUCCACACUCGUAGAAGGCGUUUAUUGGCAGUUAAAUUUUUGUUCUAUGCUGGAACCGAAAUAUAUAUAAAAAAAACAGUCAAGUUGCUAGGGAUAAGACAUGCAGUCAGUCGUGUGAGAUUUAUUUCCCUGUUAGAAAACGCCGUGGUCUGGGAUGUCCGGGAGAAACUGAAAUAAAAGUUGUAUUGCGUUAAUAAAUUAGGGAUGCGACGACGGCAGCCACUUGUGACACAAACCAAGGCGAAAGUAUGGAGAUUUUUGUGAAAUAAAAUUAUAGAAAUGUUGUAAAAUUUAUGACACUCCGGAAGGAUACAGCUUUCAAGUAGUAUAGCGAAGCUAAUAAGAUUUCGGUGCAAGCAGAUAGCACUAGCGCAGCCAUAAACUCUUAUAAACGGAUCUGUAUAAAUGCGUACAUGAAUAUUACUUUGUAGGUUUGAGCCAUGUCGCCGAGAAGGCAGAGAACAUUGUUACUAAUAUGUAUAGUAGAAACUAAGAAAUGACAACCCUGUCGCGUAGGAGAUACACGUACUUAGCAUGUAAGGACUUAAGUGGUGGAUGUCGACCGAACAUCCACCCAGCUUGUACCAUUGAUUGGUUUUAUGAGCGCGAUUAUGUCUGUUCUUUGGAAGAAUAUUUAUUCGAUGAUAUUUUCUACUUGUGUAAUUUUACAUUCAGUCGUAAGGAUUUGUACCAUUAACCAUUAUUUGAAGUGUAAAUUUUCAAAACCGAAAUACAUACGAGUAUUACCCAGAA